AUGAUUUCUUCUCAAAAAUGUUAAGGAGAAAGAAUUGAAUACUUACAGCAAUUAAUUUUAAGAUUAAUGGGUUUAAUAUAUUCAUUUGCCUUUUCCAGUUGGUACUAUUAAAUCCCAGCUUUAUAUUCUAAAAAUGGAUUGAUGCCUAUUGCCCAAAUAUAAUGGUUGAAUGUUACUAAAAUGCCAACUCUAUUAUAACUAAGUAAAAAUGAUACUACUCUUACCUUAAUUACAAUUUGUGGCACUAUAAUUGGAUUAUUAGCAUUUGUUUCACCCAAAUUUAUUAAGUGGUACACAUUUUUUAUAUUGUGGGUAUUGUACCUUUCACUUUAUAAUGUUGGUUAAGACUUCAGUUAAUUUCAAUGGGAUAUCAUGCUUUUGGAAAGUGGUUUCAUAUGCAUUAUCUUUACUAUUAUGCCUUCUGUAGGAAGAGAAUUACUUCGAUGGCUUGCAUUUAGACUAUAUUUCUCAAGUGGAUUAGUUAAAUUCUUAAGUCAAUGUGAAACUUGGUGGAAUCUAACUGCUUUACAUCAUCAUUUUGCAUCAUAAUGCAUUCCUCAUUUUCUAUCUUGGUGGGCACAUCAAUUACCAUCAGAAAUUAAAAAAUUUAUGGUUGCUGCUAAUUUUUAUGUACUCAUCUUUGGAGCUAUUUAUUUUUAUUUCCCUACAAGAUUUAUCAGAAUUUUUGGAUUUCUUUUGCAAUUCACAAUGUAAAUCAGCAUUAUAUUAACUGGAAAUUACAACUUCUUUAAUCUCUUAUCAAUUAUACUAACUAUGGCUGUUUUAGAUGAUUACUUCAUUUACAAAUAUUUCCCAUCUUAAAUCAAAACUUUUAUUAAUAUGCCAAAAUCAAUUGAAGUUUUUGAAUUAAAAAAAAGCAAUAAACUUUAUCUAUCCAUUGAAAUUAUUAUAUGUUUCUAUAUGACUGGUGUAAUGAUUUUCAAUUUAUUUCCUUAUGAAACAAUUAUGAAUGCCAAAAAAUUACCAUUUACUGUCUAAGAUAUUGGAGAUUACUUUCUUACUGAAAAUAAUUUAAAUUAUUUUCUCUUGUAUGUACUGACAUUCUUCUUUUUCUAUUUAACAUAUUUUAAUCUCUAAAAAGAGUCUUCCUAAAGUACUAUAAUUGCUAUACUAAAAACUUUUGCUAAAAUCAUUGUAUUUAUUACAAUGUUUAGUAUGUCAAAUAUGACAUUCCAAUAAGGAAUAGGUAUCAGACAUAUUAAUAGUCCUAUUAUACCAUAAUAAUAUUUGCAAUAGGUUUAAUAAUAAAUAUAUCCUUUUCAUUUAUUUAACAGUUAUGGGUUAUUUAGAAAAAUGACUGGAGUUAAUGGUAGACCUGAACUUAUUUUUGAAGGUAGUGAAGAUGGUAAUAAAUGGUUAGAAUAUCAUUUCUAUUAUAAACCAGGAAAAAUUAAUGAAAUUUCACCUUUUGUUGUACCUCAUUAACCAAGAUUAGAUUGGUAAUUAUGGUUUGCAUCUUUAUAAGAAAAUCCUUCAGAUCUAUAUCUUGUAAUUUAUUGUUAUUAUCUAUUAGAUUCACUUAGUUUAUAAGAUGUUAGAUGGAUAAAAUAUUGAUUCUUUUGUUUCAACUAAUCCCUUCUAAAAAAAACCUCCUAAAUUUAUUAGAAUUAAUAAAUAUCUAUAUUAUUUUACCAAUGUUACUGAAAUGAUUUAAACUGGAAACUUUUGGAAAAGAAUUAAAAAGGCUGAAUAUUUACCUCCGAUUUAAUUACAUGAUAGAUAAUUGCAAAAUAUUAAGGAAUAGUAUGGAUUUGAAUCUGCUUCUAAUAAAUCAAAAGUAGAAAACACUUAAUUACCAUUAUAUUUCAUAAUUGUGAGUGUAAUUUUUUAUGCAUUUUAUUGA